AUGGCCUUGAACAUGGUGAAGAACAAAACACUCAAUUAUGCCCUGCGAGCGCUGCAACUCAUCUUCAGCAUAAUCAUCAUGGGAACAGACGGCUACGCUAUCCACGUGUUUCGCGGUCAUACUGACUAUGUACACUUCGAGUUCGGCAACUUUUACGCUUACUAUGGCGUCCCUAAUGCGUGGGGCUUCUUGUUGUUCUGCGCUAGCUGGACAGUUCUGAUCAUCAUCUUUCACCUCAUUGCUGAAACCAGCUUCGCGGAUCGUGCGUUGAUUGGCUACAUUCGUGUCGCCGUUGAGGCCGUGGCUGUCCUCUCAUGGCUUGCUGGUUUCAUUGCUGUGGCUGUUCAAAUUGCAACCGACACAUGUUCGACAGGAAAAUCCUCAUGUGGGUUGCUCAAGGUGGCGACAGUCUUUGGGGCGUUCGAAUGGCUGCUAUUCAUGAUUACUGCAGCCCAGACUGUCAUAUUGGUCCUAAGCUCUCGCAAGCCAAGGACUUCGAUGACCAGACCCAGUGCAGCUGUUUGA